CACUGGGCACUGGGCCACUCUGGCACACUGAGCACGGAGCAGGCAGGCAGUUGGGCAGAAAUCAGAGUACAAACCAGCCGAGCAGCGCGACCGAGAUGACCCACUUUUUGGUUUUCGCACUGAAAGCCAACUGCUACCCACAAAAAGUGGCCAUCUAGGCAUAGUUUUUUCUAUAUUAGUAGCUGCCAAAACGGAGAUCGCGCUGUGCUAUUAGUUUAAUCGCAUUUUCGGAUAUUAUGUACAACUCGUAGCCUAGUGUAAACUCUAUGCAUUUAUGUGAAUUUCCCAGCGCAAACGUGGAAGAGGAAAACAGGCGACCUGAAAAAGCAGCAUUACCAGCAGCAGCAGCAAGCAAGAAGCAGAAGCACAAGCAGCAAAAAAGUCGUCCGAGGGGCAGCCACCACAGCAUGCCGUACGAGUCGAUGCACCAUCAUCAGUCGGCGGCCGCUGCCGUGGCCGCUGGCAGCGCCCCCAACGGAAUGCUGGACUCCCUCAGUCUGCAGCUGCGCGAUGCGGAGAUGCGGCGCACAGAGAUCGAGCGGGCGCAUCAGGAAACUCUGGCACAAAUACGCAAUCUAAGCGGAAGCGCACGUCCCGAUGCCGAGGCGGUGGAGAAUCUGCAGUCGAGAGCCCGGGAACUGGAGAAGAAGGUUGCGCUGGAGAAUGUGCGCUGCGAGGAGCUGCAAAUCGAACUGACCUCGGCAUUGAAAGCCAAGGCUGCGCGCUCGGUGUCUUCUGGUGGCCAUUCUGGAAUGGCCACCAGUGGUGCAUCCGGUGCCAGCGCAACAAUUCCCACAUCGGCCAGCGGCUCCACCGUCACUUGGGCACCGACAAUCAGUCACCAGGACCAAGGCUCCGAGAUUGAUAUCAUAAUGGCAAAGAUAGAGCAGGAUAAUCGCGUGCUGGCCGAGUUGGAGCAGCCCCGCACCUCGGCCAGCGCCAGCAUGUCAGCGUUGCCGCCCAGUUCCAUGUUGAGCACGGUAAAUAGCGAAUUUAGAACCAUAUCAAAGAGUGAACUCGAAGAAGAACUGAACCGUUACAAACGGGCUGUGCUAGGAGGCAGCGGUGGCGGCGGCGGCGGAGGCGCCAUGUCGGCCAUGUCCUCCGGCUACUCAAGCCUGCCACAAUCGCUGACCUCCACGAUGGCCAAUGGCGGGGCCAGCACCAGCUUGAGCGGCGCCAGCGUUGGCUCGCAGAGCGUGGCCGCCGCUGCUGCUGUUGCCGCCGCCGCCGCUGCCGCUGGUGGAGGAGUAAGCGGUGGCGGCGGACAUGGCGCCCUCACAUCCAUAUCGGCCCUGGUGCCCAACUCAAUCAGCGGCAUAUCCUCGAGCCUGAGCAGCCAUGCCAUCCAAUCACUGCAAUACGGCGCCGGGCAGACGUCCGUGGAGAAGCUGCUGAGCGGAACGAGUGGAAUCACUGGCAUUCCACCCCUGCCGAGCACAACCAUGCCCCUCCUGUCACUCAACUCGCAUAACCUGCCGCCCGCCGGCUCGAGCACCUACUCGGCCCUGGGCGCCGGCGGCUCCUCGCUAACGCAUCCCUCGAUGGCCAAUCUGGGCCUGUUGGACACCGGCACUCUACUGGGUGCCACCGGUCUGACCGGCUUGGGAGCCGGACCUGGUGCCGGUGGCAUAACGGGCGCCACCUCGCUAUAUGGCCUGAGCGGCGGAGCGGCCGGCGCAUUGGGCAGCUCCUAUGGACCGCCGCCCUUCCUGGAUGUCGCCUCCAGUGCAUCGUAUCCAUUUACGGCGGCCGCCUUGCGACAGGCUUCGAAGAUGAAGAUGCUGGACGAGAUUGACAUACCGCUGACGCGUUACAACCGCAGCUCGCCCUGCUCACCGAUCCCGCCCAGCAAUUGGGGAUUGGACGAAUUCACCGACGGCCUCAGCGUGUCGAUGAUGCACAAUCGCGGCGGUCUGGCACUGGGUGCCCUCGAUCUCGACACCCGCAAUCAUGGCUUGAACGGAGCCAGCGAACCACAGGUGGACAUGCUGGAUAUACCGGGAAAGGGCCGCUGCUGUGUGUUCAUAGCCCGCUUUCCCUAUGAUCCUCCAGAGGAGGCUGAGGGCGAGCUCUCCCUGUGCGCCGGCGACUACCUGCUGGUGUGGACUAGCGGAGAGCCUCAGGGCGGCUACUUGGACGCCGAGCUGCUGGACGGACGGCGCGGCCUGGUGCCCGCCUCUUUUGUCCAGCGAUUAGUGGGCGACGACCUGCUGGAGUUCCACCAGGCGGUGCUGUCGACGCUGCGCGAUGCCGAGGACGGGUCGAUGCAGUGCGACACCACGUCGCUGCCCUCCUUGCCGCCGCACAACCCAUUGCUCACACACACCCACGAGGACCUGGCACGUUUGAGUGAGACGCACACCGAUCUGGAGCACGACCAGGACGACAUCAGCGACAACGUUCCAGCACCCAAGCACUUGACGCUGGAACGGCAGCUGAACAAGAGCGUGCUCAUUGGCUGGUCGCCGCCGGAGCCAGUGGGCUACAACCUCAUCGACAGCUACCACGUCUACGUGGACGGCGUGCUCAAGGUCACCGUGAAGGCCAACGAACGCACACGCGCACUUAUCGAGGGCGUGGAUUCCACGCGGCCGCAUCGCAUUAGCGUGCGGAGCGUGACUCAGAAUCGGCAGACCUCGAGGGAUGCCGCCUGCACCAUGAUCAUUGGGCGGGACACCUCGCAUUUGGGCCCCUCGGCGGUGCGCGCCUCGCACAUAACGUGUUCCUCGGCAGUCAUCUCGUGGCUGCCGGCCAACUCCAACCACCAGCACGUGGUGUGUGUGAACAAUGUGGAGGUGCGCACCGUCAAGCCGGGCAUGUAUAGGCACACGAUCACGGGCUUGGCGCCGAGCACCCAAUACCGGGUGACAGUACGCGCCAAGCACCUGCGGGCCGUCGGCCAGCAUGCGGCCAACGUGGGACAGACGCCGGGCAGGCCCGGUCAGGAGGAGGCGCCGGGAGCUUACGCCGAUUUCCGUACACUCACCAAGGGUCUGCCCGAUCCGCCGCAGGAGAUCCAGCUGGAGGCCGGGCCGCAGGAUGGCACCAUUCUGGUGACAUGGCAGCCGGUUAACCGGCCCACCUCAACGGGGCCAGUAACCGGCUAUGCUGUGUACGCCGAUGGCAAGAAGGUCACCGAUAUCAACUCGCCCACCGGUGACCAUGCCCUCAUCGACAUCGGCAAGCUGGGCGUUUUCAAUCCGCGCGCCGUCACCAUCCGCACCAAGUCCCGCGACUCCCAGUCGGCCGACAGUGCGCCCAUCUUGAUACCAAAUACUGUGCGCAACAGUAUCGCCCGCCGGGGACCAAAUCAGAUGGGCAUGGGGCCACAGUUGCCGCAGGGUCCGCACGGGAUGCAGGGACAGGUGCAGCAGCAGAUGGGCGGCAUGCCCGGCCAGCCGGGUAUGCCUGGGAUGCCGGGGAUGCAGGGCCAGCAGCAGGGUCAGCACAUGAUGGGACAGCAGGAUCAGCACGGGCAGUACGAUCCCAACCAGAUGCAGCAGCAGGGCAUGCAGCCGCAGCCCGGUCAGCCGGGGCACCAGCCCGACGGAGGCUCCGGCUUGUUAGGUGGCCUGCUCGGUGGCCUCUUCUCGAAACCCACACAGAAUCAAGUGAACCAGAAUGGCUACCAGCCUGGAGCUCCAGGAGGCCAGCGGGGCAUGGUCCCGAUUCCUGGCAGGCCGCAGGGACCACAGAACCAACAGCAGCAGCAACAGCAGCAGUACGGGCCACAGGGUCCCAUGGGAGGAGCACGCUUCCGGGGACCAGUUCCCGGCCAGAUGAACAUGCAGGGCCAACAGAUGCCGGGUCAAAUGCCGGGUCAGAUGCCGGGACAGAUGCCUGGUCAGAUGCCGGGUCAACAGAUGAUGGGACCACGAGGACCGCUCAAUCAGCAGCAGCAGCAACAGCAGCAGCAAAUGGGCCAGCAGGGACAAAUGAUGCCCGGCCAGCAGCCGGGACAACAGCCGGGACAGCAAAUGCCCGGCCAGCAGCAGCAGCAACAGAUGCCCGGAGCCCAGAAGAAGCCACGCUACUUUGUGGCCAUGUUCGACUACGACCCCUCCACGAUGAGUCCCAAUCCCGAUGGCUGCGACGAAGAGCUGCCCUUCCAAGAGGGCGACACGAUCAAGAUAUACGGCGACAAGGAUGCGGAUGGCUUCUACUGGGGCGAGCUGCGCGGUCGCCGAGGCUAUGUGCCACACAACAUGGUCUCCGAGGUCGAGGACACAACCGCUAAUAUGACAGGCGGCGGCCAGAUGACCGGUCCCAUGGGUCAGAAUAUGAAUCAAGGCAGCGGCGUGGGAGUCGGCGGCACCGCCCAAGUGAUGCCCGGCCAGGGUGCACCACAGCAGAGCAUGCGCAACGUGAGCCGCGACCGUUGGGGCGACAUUUAUGCGAACAUGCCGGUGAAGCGGAUGAUCGCACUCUAUGACUACGAUCAGGAGCUGAGUCCCAAUGUGGAUGCCGAGCAGGUGGAAUUGUGUUUCAAGACGGGCGAAAUCAUUCUCGUUUACGGUGAUAUGGAUGAAGACGGUUUCUACAUGGGCGAGCUGGACGGCGUGCGCGGCUUGGUGCCGUCGAACUUCCUGGCAGAUGCGCCCGACCAGUACAGCAACCAGAUGGGGCCGGGCGGAGUGGCCGGCAGGGGUGGACUCAGCCAGAGAGGACGCGGCCAGGGGCCGGGAGCGAGGGGUCCGCCGCCGCCGCCGCGGGACAACAUGAUGCCAGGGAUGGGCGGACGCGGCCAGCCGGGGAAAAAUGCUCGCCCUGCUUCCCCUACACUGUUAGACAACACGGGCCAUCCUGCCCCCGAUCACCAAACGCAGGGGAUGAUCGGUCGCGUUGGUAAUCUCGGCCAGCAACAACAGCAGCAGCAACUCCAACAGCAGCAGCAGUACGGUCAGCAGCAGCAGCAAAUGGGACAACCUGGAAUGAUGGGUCAGCCGAUGGGCCAGCAGAUGGGUCAGCAGAUGGGUCAGCCGAUGGGCCAGCAGAUGGGCCAGCAGAUGGGCCAGCAAAUGGGCCAGCAGAUGGGCCAGCAAAUGGGCAUGGGUCAGAUGGGCAUGGGCCAGCAGCAACAGCAGCCGCCGGUGACGACGCAGGCGCCAACGGGCGGCCUCUUCUCCGGCGCGACUAGCCUGCUCUCUGGUGCUACCUCGGCUGCCACCGGUGGUCUAUUUGGGUCGAAGCAACCGCCCAAAACGGAUCCAAUGCAACCACCCGGUGGUGUGCAGCCAGUGCAGCAACAAGCCAACGCCUUUGGUGCCCAGCAGCCCGGUAUGCAACAGCCGGGCAUGCAACAGCCCGGAAUGCAACAGCAGCCCGGAAUGCAGCAGCAGCCCGGAAUGCAACAGCAGCCCGGAAUGCAGCAGCAGCAGCAGCAGCAACAACAAGUGCCACCGCAAGCCCAGGCUCCGCCGCAGGGACCGGGCGCCGGAUUGCUGGGCGGUCUCAAGGGUAUCGCGGCAGCGGCGCCCGGCGGCGAUGUCCUGUCGAAAGGCAAAGAUCUCUUCGGGAAAUUCGGGUUCGGCUUUGGCAAAUAACCCCGGUCAUUCUAUAGGGUCCUGUUAUAUUAUUCGUAGAUUAGACCUAUUAUUACUAUUACGAUUAUGAUUAUGAUUAUCGCUAUUGAUUACGAUUACUAAGCUAAAGUGAGGCCCGUGCCUCGUGCCUGGUGCCUGGUGCUCUGUUGCUGCCCAUGAUAUAUGAUAUAUAUAUAUACAUAUAACACGUGAAACCGCAACUAAUAGUACUAAUGGUAAUAUUUUUUAUUAAUUAAAUUGAUAGAAAUAUUAUGUGAGUCGGAGGGGGAGGGACAGUAGCAGCAGCAGCAGCAGCAGCAUCGCCAGGGACAGCAGCAGCAGGAGAGACGUGAGCACAUGAGCCACCACAGCCCCCAAAGAUAAAUUGUUGUAAAAUUAUUUAACAAAUUGCCAGUUUAGGUGACUGCUCUGAACCCUCUCACCCUAUAAAAUACAUAUACAAGUCAAACUGUCUUAGGACAUUCCCACACAUAGAUACUGGACACACACACACACAGAUACAGACUCAAAUACAUACACCAUAUAUUAUACAAAAGAAAAACCAUAUAAAGCUAGGCAUGGCGAAGUGAACGGAGAAAUAUAUUAUAUACAUACAUUAUAUUUACAAUUAUUUGUUAACGCACAUUGUUAAAUUUGCUACUGUUGCUGACCAGUUUAUAAAUAAAAACCAAAACAAAAGAAAACAAAAACAAGGAGAGGCGGAGGAGAGGUUAGGAGGCAGAUGAGAUGCGAAUGAUGAGGAGAUAAAGCAAAAACACAUAAGGUAAACUAAACCAAAAAAAACAUAACAUUAACAUAAAGAUACAUAUAUUAUAU